AUGCUUGCUACAGCCGCCUUCAGCGGCGUGAAAUCCAGAGAGGAUUCCCUUGCUGAUAAGACGGCUGUGCUGCCUGUCGAGCUUGACCGCUUCGUCACUCUGUGUCAGCGGCGCAGCCGCGACCGCGAGCCUCUGCAAUAUCUCGUCGGUGAGUGGGAUUUCCAUGGUGUCAAGAUCGCUGUGCGUGCACCAGUCCUUUUCUUGCGCCCCCCAGCAGAGAAGAUUGUGGAUCUUGCUUUGGAAUACGCGAAUCGUCCUGGAAAAAAAGGCAUAAAAAAUGAGUGCCACCUUCUGGAUGGCGGAUGCGGUAGUGGCGCCAUUAUCAUCGCGAUCCUGAGUAAGAUGAAGAAAUGGACUGGUGUGGGCUUCGAUAUCGCUGAGGAAGCAACCAAACUAAGCGAAGAGAACGUAGAACGUCACAAGAUGACAGAUCGUGUUAAAAUCAUGCAAUGCACCAUGGAUGAACUACAAGAUGAGCGCGUAUUCGAUAUGUUUGUGGGAUGCCCGCCGUACGUUCCCGAUAAGGAUCUUUCUGAUCUUCCGCCGGAAGUAGUAAAUCACCAGGACCGGCGCGCUGUAACAGCCGGCACAGACGGUAUGGAUGUCAUUAGGGAAUUCUUGAAACAUGCACCCCGUGUAGUACGCAGCGGUGGCCCUGUCUUUAUGGAAAUUUAUCCGCCGCUCGCUCCCAAGUUAGAAGCUAUACAGGUUGAUGGUUUAGAAUUUGUUCGAUGUUACACCAACUUGCAUGAGAAGUCCUACUAUUAUGAGUGGAUUGUGCUGUGA